AUGUCUGUGGUUGAACUAUACACCAAGUCAACCAAAGUAUGGAUUCCUGAUGCACAGGAGGUGUGGAAGUCAGCUGAACUAACAAAAGAUUUUAAGGAAGAUGACCACAUCCUUUAUCUCAAACUGCAAGAUGGAACUAAUAUAGAGUAUCGCAUUAACAGAAAAACAGAAGAAUUGCCAUAUCUGCGGAACCCUGACAUUUUAAUGGGUGAAAAUGACUUGACUUCACUCAGUUACCUACACGAACCUGCAGUACUUCACAACUUAAAAGUGAGGUUUUUAGAGUUCAACAACAUUUAUACAUACUGUGGUAUCGUUCUUGUUGCUGUAAACCCAUAUGAACAGCUCCCUCUUUAUGGAGAUGAUGUAAUUUAUGCUUAUAGUGGACAGAAUGUGGGUGAUAUGGAUCCCCAUAUCUUUGCUGUUGCUGAGGAAGCAUACAAGCAGUUGGCUAGGGAAGAAAAGAAUCAAUCCAUUAUAAUAAGUGGAGAAUCUGGAGCAGGGAAAACUCUGUCCGCCAAGUACAUAAUGCGCUAUUUUGCAACCGUUGGAGGAUCUACUGAUGAAACAAAUGUAGAAGAUAAAGUUCUGGCAUCCAACCCCAUCAUGGAGGCAAUUGGAAAUGCAAAAACUACAAGAAAUGACAACAGUAGUCGAUUUGGAAAAUACAUUGAGAUCCAUUUCGAUCAUAGGUAUCACAUUAUGGGGGCCAAUAUGAGAACAUACUUACUGGAGAAAUCACGAGUGGUUUUUCAGGCUGCUCAGGAAAGGAACUAUCAUAUAUUCUAUCAGCUCUGUGCCUCAGCUCAGAUGGGAGAAUUUCCUCAAUUGGAUCUUGGUAGUGUUGAGGAUUACCUCUACCUGAAUCAAGGAGAUAAUAUUUAUAUUUAUGAAAGAGAUGAUGUUGCAGAUCUUAAAAGAACUCAAAAUGCUUUCUCCACGUUGGGUAUCUGUGAAUCUUAUCAAGUGGAAAUAUUUCAAAUUAUAGCUUCUAUUCUUCAUCUGGGAAAUAUAAACUUUCAGUCAAAUGACCGUGAUGGUGAAAAUAGCUUUGUUAAUUUAAAAGAUAAGAAUCUUGAUCAAUUCUGCAAGUUAUUGGGACUUGAGAAAAAGCAGCUGGCCCAUUGGCUUUGUCACCGCAAGCUGGUUACAUUAAACGAAACAUAUAUCAAAUCAAUGACACUGAAACAGGCAACCUGUUCCAGGGAUGCUCUUGCGAAACACACUUAUGGGCAGCUGUUCAGCUGGAUUGUGAAUCAAGUCAAUAAAGCCUUAAGAUCCUCUUCAAAACAACAUGCCUUCAUUGGUGUGUUGGAUAUUUAUGGGUUUGAAACAUUUGAAAAUAACAGCUUUGAACAAUUUUGCAUCAAUUUUGCAAAUGAGAAGUUGCAGCAACAAUUUAACUGGCAUGUGUUCAAGCUGGAGCAGGAGGAGUACUUGGCUGAGGGUUUACCGUGGACACUUAUUGAUUACUAUGACAAUCAAGCUUGUAUUGAUGUUAUAGAAGCAAAGCUGGGAGUCUUGGAUCUUCUAGAUGAAGAAUGUAAGAUACUUAAUGGAACAGAUGAGAAGUGGGUUCGGAAAUUAUAUGAUCGUCAUCUCCAUGCAAGUCAUCACUUUCAGAAACCCAGGAUGUCAAAUUCUGCUUUCAUUAUUCUUCAUUUUGCUGCUGAUGUGCUGUAUCAGUGUGAAGGAUUUUUAGAGAAAAAUAGAGACACAGUUUAUGAAGAACCAAUUAACAUUUUGAAAGCAAGCAAGUCUGAGCUGAUUUCUGAGCUGUUCCAUGAUGGUGAUACUUCUGCAAGAGGAGGUCAGAUCUCCAAUGUAACGUUAAAGUCUUUAAAAAAGGCCUUACCAGUGACAAGUGAGCACAGAAAAACAGUGGGAUACCAGUUUCGAGCAUCACUUAAUCUCCUCAUGGAAACUUUGAAUUCAACAUCUCCUCACUAUGUCCGCUGCCUAAAGCCAAAUGAUACAAAGGAACCAUUUUUGUUUAAUCCAAAAAGAAUGGUACAACAAUUAAGAGCCUGUGGUGUUAUUGAAACAAUCCGUCUCAGUGCUGCUGGGUAUCCAUCUAGGUGGACCUAUGUUGAUUUCUUUAGUCGCUACAGGGUUUUGAUGAGAGAAGAAAACAUUUGUGCAGAUGAGAAACAGACCUGUAAAAACAUGUUGGAAAAUCUAAUCAAGGAUGAAAACAAGUAUCAAUUUGGAAAGACCAAGAUCUUCUUUUCUGCAGGGCAGGUGGCCUACCUGGAGAAGCUCCGGGCAAGCCGACUGCGAGCUGCCUGCAUUAUGGUACAAAAGAUAGUGAGAGGUUGGAUUCAAAGAAAGAAAUAUCAGCAGAUAUGCCGAGCCAUUAUUGUCAUCCAGAAAUACACUCGCAGAUUUCUAGCAAAACAACUAGUUGAUCAUUUAAGAUUGACAAAGGCUGCCAUAAUUAUACAGAGACAAUAUCGAAUGUUGGUAGUGAGAAGGCUGUAUGUACACAUCCGUACAGCAGUAAUUACAAUUCAAGCUUAUGCAAGAGGCAUGAUUACGAGACGAACUUAUCAUAAGAUGGUCCGGGACCAAAAGGCUACUGUCCUACAGAAGUAUGUGCGAGGAUGGCUGAGCUUUUUGAAAUAUCAAAGAAUUCGGCAUGCGGUUAUCUACUUGCAGUGCUGUUUUCGACGAAUGAUGGCAUAUCGCCAACUGAAAAGGCUGAAGGUUGAAGCACGUUCAGUUGAGCACUACAAGAAACUGAACAAAGGAAUGGAAAACAAGAUUUUGCAGCUGCAGUAUAAAGUGAAUGAUCAGAGUAAGAACAACAAAAUGCUUUUAGAAAAAAUGGCAGCACUUACUGCCUCUCACAGACAUGAGGUGGAAAAACUUAGGAAUGAAAUAGAGCACCUUCGGUGUAGAACAGAAGAAACUAAAAUCUUGAAUCUGCAGCAGCAAGUCAUAAAACUCGAAGAGGAACUGGAGACUGCACAUAAGAACAGAAGAGAUGCAGAAGUUCAAGCUUCUCAGGAGCUAACCGAAUUGAAACAACGCUUUGCCAUUCUUGAAAAGGAGAAAAUUGAGUUAAGUGAUGAAAAAGAAGCUUUUAACAAAUAUAUUCAGGAACAGUCCAGGAUUAUUGAAGAUCAAAUUUCCCUGAAGGUGGCACUAAAGAGUCAACAGUUGCAUGCUGAAUUUGAGGAAGAGCGAUUUCAUUACCAAAACCUUGUGAAAGAGUUCUCCCGUCUUGAACAAAGAUAUGAAAAUCUGAAAGAUGAACUGAAUUUCAUGAAGGAUCAAGAGCUUGAGCACGAAAACCACAAACUGAAGAAUGAACUUGAUCAGCUAAGGAAAGACCAUGCUGAUAACUCUACUGCACAUGAUUCCAAAAAGCAGAAAGAGGCUGACUCCAGUCUCCUGAACCAACUCAAAACUGCUACUGAAGAAAUUGAAAUUCUGAAAGAGGAACAGAUUUGGCUUAAAUCGCAGCUCCUUAGGGCAGAAAAGGAGAUUGACACAAUGAAAAACCAGGCUACUAUGGCAGAUGCCUUUGGGUUACCUAAAGAUGGACAUAAGAUGUCUGAGGAAGAUCUCCGAUGUGCUUAUGAUGCUGUUCGUGUGGCCAAUAGGCUUCUCAUGGACCAGUUGGAUGAGCAGCAGGCACGUCAUUUGAAAGAAAUAACGACUUUUCAAGAUGAAGUGAGAGACCUUCAAGAGAAGUUGAAUGAACAGCAGCGAUACUUUGCUCAGGCUCUACAGCUGCCACCACAGGAGCAAAUGGAAGUUUGUUUGCAGCAAGAAAUUGCAAGGCUUAAAAAUGAAAACCUGGAUCUAAUAGAACAACUUGAGAAGCAGGAUAAGACUGUAAAUAAACUGAAGAAACAAUUGAAAUCUGUGAAGGAGUCAAACUAUGAACUGGAAGCAGGAGUACUGCAACAUGCAGCUGAGCCCAAGGUGACUGAAUUGCCGAAUGCGCCUACCAUCCCAUUGAAACAUAAGGACUUUCAGGGAAUGCUGGAGUGUCGAAAAGAAGAUGAAGCGCUCUUAAUCAGGAAUCUUAUCACUGAUCUCAAACCGCAGUCUGAUACAUUAAGUGCCCUACCGACACUCCCAGCUUUCAUUGUUUUCAUGUGCAUCAGGCAUGCAGAUUAUACACAUGAUGAACAGAGAGCACAUUCCCUGUUUACAGCUGUGCUUAAUGGGAUCAAGAAAGUCCUGAAGAAAAGAAGCUCUGAUUUUGAGAUGGUGGCAUUCUGGCUAUCCAAUACAUAUCGUUUGUUGGUUUGCUUAAGGCAGUACAGUGGGGAUGAGAAUUCUGUGGAAAUGAAUACACCAGAACAAAGAAAACACAUCUUGAGGAACUUUGAUCUUUCUCAACACUGCCUAAUUUUGUCAGAUCUUGCUGUUCAACUUUACCAUCAAUUAAUCAAAGCUGCAGAAGCAAAACUUCAAGAAAUGAUUGUGCCCGGGAUGUUAGAAAAUGAUACCAUUCAAUGUGUUUCGAUGGUUACUGCAAAGCCAACAGGUUAUAGAAAGAAAGCAGGAAGUCUGUCUGGAGAAAAUACAAAAUAUACACUGAACUCCAUCAUUCACCAACUAAGCUUGUUUCACAACAUCCUCUCCAAAUAUGGUUUGCAUCCUGAAAUCGUUAAACAAGUUUACCGGCAGAUUUACUACAUAAUUACAGCAGUCACACUGAACAACUUACUCCUCAGGAAGGAUGUGUGCUCCUUCAGCAAUGGAGUCCAAAUCAGAAACAAUGUCACCAAUCUAAUUGAAUGGCUAAGAGGCAAGAAUCUACUUCAGAGUGGUGCACUUGAGAUACUGGAGCCACUGAUACAAGCUACCCAGCUCUUGCAAUUGAAUAAAACAACAGAUGAAGAUGCUGAGACAAUCUGCUCAAUGUGCACAGCACUCUCAAAGGCACAGAUUGUGAAAAUACUGACGCUAUAUACACCUAUGAAUGAAUUUGAGGAACGUGUGACUAUAGCUUUUAUAAAGAAUAUUCAGGAUCGUUUGGCAGGUAGAAGUCCAAGUCGCCGAUUACUAAUGGAGUUAAAGCAUGUAUUUGCUGUAAACUUUCCCAUCAUUCCUUCACCAGUGAACCUGGACAAGAUUAAAAUUCCUAAAAACUUGAAACUGAACUUUCUAAAUAGAUUCUGA